AUGAGCGAUCAAUAUAAUGAAAUGGAGCCAGAUAUAAAUACUAUCAAUGACAGAGUGCCACUAAGGGUGAUAUAUAACAUCAACAGAAAGGUGUACAACGAAGAAGAAUUUGAACACGAGCAUGACCAAAACAUGUAUUCCCAGUUCAACAAGGAAACUGAAAGCCCUAAACUUGGACGAAAGAUCCAAUGCAGAUUCUCAUGUGCGCGGUUCAGGAAAUUCAUACUCAAGAUGUUUCCUAUUUUAAACUGGCUUUAUACUUAUCGCAUUACUGAAUGGAUUCUAGGAGACUUACAUGCUGGCAUAAAUGUAGGGAUGGUGCAGGUUUUCCAAGGAUUAUCAGGAAUAGUAUUAACCGGAUUACCAAUUCCAGUUAUAAAUAAUUUUUAUUCUGCAUUUUGCUGCUCUUUAGUAUAUGUUAUAUUUGGAACCUCGCGACAUGUCUCUAUUGGUUCUUUCAGCAUUCUGAAUGCAAUGGCAGCAAAUUUUCAGAGUAGUCUUAAUUUUAGUAUACAGUUACCAAUUAAUGGCACUUUGGCCAAUGUUUCUGAUGAAAAUUUUAUGCGGAAUUAUAUGGAAGCAGUAACUCACACUGCAUCUACUACAUUUUUUGUUGGGAUUAUUCAGAUACUUUUGGCCAUAAUUGGCUUGGGAUUUGUUACAACAUAUGUCUCAGAGAGUCUCAUGAAUGCUUACCUUACAGCAGCAGCAUUACAUGUGAUUAUAUCACAGUUCUCUUUCAUCUUCGGAAUUGUAAUUGAUUUUCAUUCAGGCCCAUUGUCAUUUUUUUAUAAUUUGGUAUACUACUGCAUGGGCCUCCCUAAAGCAAAUUCCACUAGUAUCCUGCUGUUUUUGCUUUCUUUACUAUUGCUGAGGGUCAGCAAGUGCAUUAAAAUAACUUAUAAACACUAUCCUAUUGAGUUUCCAAUGGAGCUUGUUUUGAUUAUUGUUUUUACAAUGCUUUCUACCCAAACCCAUCUACAUUCCGAAUCUAGUCAGGGAGUUUUUACAAUGACUCCCCACAAGUUUCUGCAUCCUACACUACCUGUCUUCUCAAAACUGGACAAAAUUAUAUUACAUGCUUUAUCUCUGGCAAUAGUAAGCUACUUCCUUCUCAUUUUUGUGGGAAAGAAGUAUGCAAGUAUUCACAACUAUCACAUCCGACACACUCAGGAUUUAAUAGCAAUUGGCCUAUGCAAUGUCUUCAGUUCAUUUUUUAAGAGUUUUUCUGUCAGCUGUGCAAUUUCUACAACUGUUAUUCAGGAGAAGACUGGUGGAAAAACACAGCUUGCAGCUCUGAUUGGAAUUGCCUUAAUGCUGGUGACAGGAUUAAAAUUGGGGUAUUACUUCCAGUCCCUUCCAAAUGCUGUUUUGGCUGCCAUCGUACUCGUCAACAUGUUCCCAUUUCUUGAAAAAUUUAUGGAUGUCCCUUACCUGUGGAAACAAGAUAAAUAUGAUUUUGGAAUUUGGAUUGUGACCUUUCUAGUUGUCCUCUGCCUUGGGCUGGAUAUUGGCUUAGGAAUUUCUUUGGGAUUUGCCUUUUUUAUAUUAAGUGUCAGAUCGCACAGAAUGAAGAUGAUGAUAUUGGGUCAGAUUCCAAACACCAAUAUUUAUCGCCGUUUCUCUGACUACAGUGAGGCCAUAGAAAUUCAGGGUGUGAAAAUAUUCCAGUGCUGUGCUUCUAUCUCAUUUGCAAACAUGAAACAUUUCAAAAAGUACAUUUUGAAAAAGAUGGAUAUGAAGGCAGUGCCUCUGGAUGAAAAUGAGAUGCGAGCCUUGAUCUCAGUCAGCAUGUCCAGUGUUAAAGGACAGAGCAAAGACUUAAACUGUGCCUGUGUUUGUGACCCACCUGAGCUGAUACCCAGGGUACCCUAUAGAGAGAAACUUCAAAAGCGAGUUCCUAUUGCUAAUGAAUCAUUCUCUGCUUCUUCUUUGGCCUUGGUACGUUGGACAAGAAGCCCUUCUGAUAUACAAUACGUCCAAUCUCCAGCAAGAGAAAGUCCGUAUAGCUAUGCAAAGAGGAAAGAGGAUCUGAAUAACAUGUGGUUUUCAUCAGACCCUCGUUUAACAAGGUCUACAACACAGUUGUAUACACUUGACUCAGAGUAUGCAAGGCAUAGGAUUCACACUAUUGUUUUAGACUUUAGCAUGGUGCACUUUGUUGAUUUACAAGCUUCUUGUUUAUUACGGGAGCUCUGUCAUGUCUUUCAGAACAUUGGAAUCACAAUCCUGAUUGCUGCCUGUCAUCCCACUGUGAUAAAAACUUUUGAAAAUAAUGAUUUCUUUGACCAAUGUGUUACUAAAGCCCGGUUCUUUCCUACUCUGCAUGAUGCAAUACUCUUCGCUGUGGAGCCAAACCUCUUGGAAGAGAUGGUUCCAAUGGAAACCCAAAAUGAAGCUCCUGAGGAUGUGAUGGCAGGAAUGAAUUUAGAUGAUGAAAAGGAUAUAAGAAGUUACCACUCUGUGAGAAGUAAGCAAUCAGAGAGGACUCAACAGUCCAAUGGGAUCAGAGAUGCCUCCACACCCAAAACUGUUCAAAGUGAAACCUACAUAGAGGAGCCCAUAUCUGAUCUUUUCCGCACAUUUUCUCUCCAGAGUGACUUAGAAGGUACUUCUCAUCACCCUAUUGAAACAACUCCCCUUGAGGACAAUGAAGAUGAUCAAGAAUGGGAAGGAAAGUGGAAUUAUUCCAGAGAAAUGUAA